UUCACUCCUUUCUUUUUCAAUCUGGCUAACCGGCCUUAUUCUUUGGCUAACUGGCUUUAUUCUUUCAUCGAUAGUCUUGUGAGUAGUCUCGUGGAGCUCAUUUGGGCAAAAACAAUGGCUUUCUCUGGCACAUUGCGAUGCCCACCAUCUAUUUGCCGCCUAUCAAAUUCGAUUCAAUCUGUAUCUCCUUCUUCGCUCUCUUUCCGUUUUCCACCUUCAAUUUUCAAUAGCAAAAGGUCCCUCUUGUCCAUCAGGUCAGCUUGGGUGGAAGCACCACCUACAUCUGGAGGACUUGCACCUGCGAUUUCCUUGACGGACAAUGCAUUGAAGCACUUCAAUAAGUUGAGGUCUGAAAGAAAUGAAGAUUUAUGCCUAAGAAUUGGUGUCAAACAAGGAGGAUGCUCUGGCAUGUCUUAUAUUAUGGAUUUUGAGAACAGAGAAAAUGCUAGACCCGAUGAUUCUGUUAUUGAAUACAAUGGAUUUGUUAUAGUUUGUGAUCCAAAAAGCCUUCUCUUCCUUUAUGGUAUGCAACUGGAUUUCAGUGAUGCACUCAUUGGGGGAGGCUUUAAUUUCAAGAACCCAAAUGCUACACAAACCUGUGGAUGUGGUAAAUCAUUUGCUGCAGAAAUGUAAGGUUGUAUACUGUAUAAUCUAGCCUAGAAUUGGUAUAAUGUACCAAAACUUGGUCGAAAAUGUAUUGUUAUGUAAAGUGUGCCCGUAUGUCUCUACAUUGAAACUUAUUCAACUUGUUGGAUGCAUAUUUGACGAUGACCUUAGUCGUCUUAAUAUUGGACAUGGCGAGAGAAGAAGUGUUAAUUCUUUUUCUUCUUCAA